UUCUCUAAAGGAAAUUUUAUCAGAGAGCCAUGCUUCAGAAAAUAGAAGCCCAGUCUAAAAUCAGAGUCGAAAUCGAAGCUCUAUGGAGAACUUUUGCCAAGGAUUUCACUGUUUCUUGGGCAAAAGUACUUCCAGACAUUGUGACAAGUGUGACCAUACUUGAAGGAGAUGGUGGCCUCGGUACGUUGUUGCUCCUCCAAUUUAAGCCUGGUGGACCAACUGUAUCAUUCCAGAAGACCAAGAUUGUGGAAUUUGACAGCACAAAGCAUCAACUUGGACUGGAAGUACUGGAAGGGGGUCACUUAAGUAAUGGUUUUACGAAAUAUAUAACCUAUUUCAAGCUCACUGAAAACGGUGAACGCGAGACUUUCGUUGACAUCACAGUGGUGUGCAAGCCAGUUUCAGAAGAAGCAGACUUGCAAGCAAAGACAACGAAGUUUCCUCUGCUUUUCUUUAAAAGCCUGGAGGCAUAUCUCCAUAACGCUGACAUGUGAACUUUCUUCUCCAUAGUUGUGGUUUCAGCGGCAGUAUUAGGAAAUCAAGUCAAUGUGCCGGGGUUGUAAUUUUUGCACGAAAGAAUGAUUGUUCUUCUUUUAUGACAUCAGCCACUGGAUCUCCUCUUGCGCAACUCUUAAAGCACUCCAAACUUUUCUUUCAUCUGUCUGCAUGGAUUUGAAGUUCCUAUCGUGUGAUGCCAAGAUUGACGCGUCAAGAAUGAAGGUGAAUCAUUCUUUCACACGAAAGAUACAAUCCGAACCCCAAUAUGCCACCAUUAUAAUAUACUAGAGAAAUGGUGAUUCUGUUUAGUAAAUUGAAUGUGAGAUCUUUGU